UUUUGUCCUGAAUAUUGAACUGAUGUGUAAACCAUGUCCACCCAGAAAGAUUUAUCGAUAACAGAAUUCUGCUGCGAAAUGCCUAAAAUUGAACUCCAUGCACACAUAAAUGGAUCAAUUAGUGAAACAACAAUGAAGAAAUUAUUGAAAAAGAAAAAUCGUGAGGGAGAUAAGUUGUCAUUUCAGAAAGACCAGAUUGCAACAUUGGAUGACUGUUUUCAAAUGUUCAAAUUGAUACACCAAGUGUCCGAUAAUACAGAAGCAGCUUAUACAAUAACUUAUGAUGUUAUUCAUGAAUUUGCAGCAGAGAAUGUAAAAUAUCUUGAACUUAGAAGUACACCAAGAGAAGUUAAAGCAACAGGCAUGACAAAGUUGGGAUAUGUUGAGGCUGUGAUUAAAGCUAUACAAGACUGUAAUGACCUGGACAUAAUUGUUAAGUUUAUUUUAGCUGUGGAUAGGAGAAAUGGUAUAGAUGUAGCAAAAGAAACAGUGGAAUUAGCCGCUAAAUAUAAAACUUUAAGUAAUGGAAUUGUCAUUGGGGUGGAUUUAAGUGGUGAUCCUACUGUAGGAGAUGCAAGAGACUAUAUUCCAUUGUUCGAGCAGGCUAAACAAGCAGGAUUAAAACUAGCACUCCAUUUAGCCGAGGUUCCAAAUAUUGAAGAGACACUGGCCAUGCUAAAAUUACCACCAAAUAGAAUAGGUCAUGGUACAUGUUUGCUCCCAGAUGUUGGAGGAUCAGAUGAAUUGACAGACUAUGUGUAUACACAUAAAAUACCUCUAGAACUGUGUCUAACAUCAAAUGUUAUUGGCCAAACUGUUCCCAACUUUGACAACCAUCAUUUUUUAAACUGGUACCAGAGAAAUCAUCCAUGUGUGAUUUGUACAGAUGAUAAAGGUGUAUUUAAUACUACUCUGUCAGAGGAAUAUCAGAUUGCAGCUAAAACAUUUGAUCUUAGUGUGGAUAAAAUUUGGCAACUUUCUUUUGGAAGCAUUGACCAUAUUUUUGCUGACGAGGAAAUUAAGGAACAAUUAAGACUGAAGUUUUUACAAUUUAGACCAUUAUAAACCUUAGUUAUGUUCAUGAUGUUAGUGUAAAUAUGUUAAAAUGUUGUAAACAGGGAUUAUUAAUUACCAGAAACUCAGAAGAAUGUGUAUAAGUAGAUCAAAGUUUACAAAUGUAGUUAUGCAUCAAAUAAAUAUAUUACACUUUUUUUUUAAACUUAAUUUCCAACAUAAAAAAAAGAGAAGAUUGAACUCUUCAUGUAUAUGUCUUCUGCAUUUCUAACAUGGCUAAUAUAAAAAUCUUGCACAUAAAAAGUGCAUAUAUGCAUGAAUUUAGCAAAAUUCUUGGAGGAGUCAAUUUUGAAAAUUAAAGUGUGUUCCAUUUGUA